AUUGCCCUGCUUAUCAAUCAAAACUAGCUUACUAAUAAGAUAGGUUACUUUUUUAUUUUAAAUUUAAAUAGUUAACUAGUUUCACUUACAUUAACUGCAAUUGCAUAAGCGAUGUGUAAAUAUUUACAAAUUAUAUUUGACGCGGUCUAUAAAUUAUGCUCCUACUAGUUAAAUUAUAAAUUAUGUUAGAUUUCACGUUAUAAAGUUACUCCUAAUUUCAUUUCUUAAUAUUUAUUCCACUUUUAACUUUAAAAUAUGGAGAUAUACUAAUGCGGUGUAAAUGAGAAACAUAUAUAUUAAAUAGAAAUGAGUAAUAAAUUGAGAUAAUUUUAGUUAAAUUAUUUUUUAAUUAAUAUUUUCUUUAAAAAAUGUGAUAAAUAUUUAAGGACGAAGGAGGAGACUAGUUUGGAAAUGACUUUUCAAUCGUAUGAGAGCAAAGACAAAAAAAAAAAAAAAAAAAAAAAAAAAAGAAGAACAGAUGGACACACCAAAAAAGAAAUAAAUUUUCCGGUCCACAAAUAGAAGAAAAAGGCAAUGUUAAAAACAAGAAGGGAAGUCAGAAACUCAAAGAGAAAACAAUCAUCAAAUUGAUAGUAUAUUUUAGGUUCGUUUUUUUCAAUUGAGAAGAUAAAAAAGAGAUGCAAUCAGCCAUGCUGUUGAAUCCUCCGUACAUUUCUACAAAUUUCCAAACCCUAGAAUCUUCAUCUUCCUCAUGUUCUCCUUCUUCUUCCACCGCCACUCUUUUCCUUCCUCUUCCUCUCAAGACAUCGGGCUUCUUUGGAGGUCGAAUUUCCUCAUGGACUAAGCGUAUUCCAUCAUCCCGCUCCCUGCUCAGAGCUUCACGGCAUCAGGUUGUAAAGGCUGUUACAACUCCAGAUUCGGCAGUAGAGCCAAAUUCAGCGAUAGAAUUACCACUUACUGCAGAAAACAUUGAGAGUGUGUUGGAUGAAAUUCGACCAUAUCUGAUUUCAGAUGGCGGAAACGUUGCAUUACAUGAAAUUGAUGGCAAUGUUGUUAAGCUAAAACUACAAGGAGCGUGUGGCUCCUGUCCAAGUUCAGUCACGACAAUGAAGUUGGGAAUUGAGCGUCGUUUGAUGGAAAAGAUACCAGAAAUUGUUGCGGUUGAAGCAGUUCCAGAUGAAGAAACUGGCCUUGAGCUUAACGAAGAAAACAUAGAGAAGGUUCUUGAAGAGAUACGGCCAUAUCUUGUUGGGGCUGCUGGUGGAAGUUUGGAGCUUGUUGCAAUUGAGGAGCCAAUAGUUAAAGUCCGAAUCACAGGCCCUGCAGCUGGUGUUAUGACUGUUCGAGUGGCCGUAACUCAGAAACUGAGGGAAAAGAUCCCAGCAAUAGCAGCAGUCCAACUCUUACAGUAGAAUGUGUCCCACAACUUAUCUUUCAAUGGCGAUGGCAUAAGCAGAGGAACAGGAGCAUGAUCGGCUCAGUUUGCGUCACACAAUCAGAUGUUACCGAUGUGAUGUGCCAUGUAACGAAACAGUACACACUGUUUUGUACAGUUGCGCUGCAUCUAAUUUCAGUCUUUAUGUUCUACGUAUAAUAUUGUAUUAUAUUUGAAUAGGCACCCUGGAAGGGGAUUUGCAAUACCCAGUUUGAGGCCUGUGAUGUGAGUUAUUCAAACACAGAAUGUUUAGGAUUUUUCUCA